AUUGAAAAGAUGUCUUAAUUAAAUGUAAUACAUUUUAAAUUUUAAUAUUUUAAUAAAUAUUAAUUUGUUAUUUUACUAUCUAUUUCAUUUAUAUAAUUAUAUAUAAACGAAAAAUGAAACUGGAAUUAAGUAAAUAUUUUGUAAUUUACGAUUAACAAUGAAUUAAAUAAUAGAUGUAUAUAUAUUACGAAUAUAUUUUAUACAUUGCAUACAAAUAAAUUAUUCAUAUAGAUUUAUGAAAUGAAAAUAAUUAUAUUUUUAGAAUAUAUUUAUUGUAUAUAUUUUAGUAUCCAUAUAAUUAUAUAUAUAAUAUAUAUAAUAUGUAUAUAUGUAUGUUAUAAAAAUUAAUUUAUACAUAAAAAUUAUAUAAUCUUAUGUUAUUAUAAAAUUAUCGAUGAUAAUUUUUAAAUUCCGUAAAUACACACAUAUGCUUUGUAAAAAUAUUAUCGUUAUCGAACAAAUCCAUGAUCGAUUCCACAAUAAUUUCAAUGGUAUAUUUUCAGUGAUCAGCAAUUGACACGUAUCGUUUGAUGUACAAAGUGCAUUCACACGAAGAUACUUUGACAGUCUUUCAAGAAAGUACAUAUGUAUAUAUUCUUCGAUGACGAAGUAGAAUCGAUGGAAAAACACGACGUUUGCUUUAAACGCACCCAUAACAUGCAAGAAACCAGCGUAAAAAACGAAAGGGUAAGAAUAGAGGUGAAAUAUACAUGAGAUAGAAAGAAAUACAGAACGGCAGGGUAAUCGGGGGUGAUCCGACAAUAGAAAAGGAAGAAAGAUGAUAUGAUAAAGAGAGUGAGAAGAAGAAAGAGACAGAAUAAGAGAGUGCGCGCGUGAUCACUUGGAGCGAGCAGCGACGGUGGCCGUGUCGCUGCAAACCGUCAGAAUCGGUCGGUUGUACAGAAACGAGUAUAACCUAUAUCCGAAACACCGCGGCGCUGUUACAUUCUCCGUGCCUCCUCCCUAGCGGGUGGCGGCCGCACCUCCUCCUUCUCGCCGAUUUUAAUCUCGUUAGCGGACACGUGCGCGCCCCGCGCCUAUACACCACUAUACGACGACCUACCGUGUCGGGGCUUCGCCAAUCUGGUUUGGUCUAACAGGAUUCUCGAGCGACCGAGGGUUGAUAAAAGGCUGCGUACCGAGCGGGCGCGGCGCGAAUCGCAAGAGGAGUUGCUCCGCUCGAGGUGUGGGCGCUCGUGCAGCAACGGCAAUAACAGCAGACGACCUCGUCAUCGUCUUCUAUUCUAUCGUCCUCGGUUCGUUGUUUCCGUCUACGUUACCUCGUAAUCGCGUUCGUCGUUUGGCAUACGUCGCGUAUAGGUUGCGUGUGUGCGCACACGGUGCAUAUUCAGUGUGAAUCUAUUUCGUCGCGUGUGCGGUACAGAAAGAGUACCCUAAAGCGAGAGAGAGAGGGAGAGGAAGAAAAAGAAAGAGAGACAGAGUGAGAGAGAAAGAAGGAAAGAAAGAGAGAGAAAGAAAGCGUGAAUCGAAGAAAGAAAGAGACAGGGUAGGAGAACGAAACAGAGAGGGGGUGAGAGAGAAAGAGUGCAAGGGAGAGACAGAGAGCAGCUGAGAGAGAAGGAGAUAGAGCGCCGGUGGGUUACCACACCCAACCGCGCCGGGGACCGAGUGAACGAGUGAACGAGCCGUACGAGAGCUCUCUCGCGAGUAGUACGCGGGUACAGCGGGGGACCCAGGGACCGACGAUCGAGAUUCGACGGAGUACAGUCGGGACUCUCUAGAUCUCGAUCCAACGGACCUCGCUCUCGCGAAAUUCGCGUCUCUCACCAGAAUCGUCGAAGUCACGCCGUGAGCAAAAGCUAAACGUGUGCGCGCGUGUCUCCCCCGCUUCCUCGACGUCUCUCGCGAGUGCGUUUCACGUUUCGUCGCAGAACGUGCGUGCGUGAAUAAAGGAUAAAAAAAACGAGAAAAGAGAAGCAUAAAAAGAAAAAAUAUAGAAAAAAGCGGAAGAGCGAAGCUAGAGAGAAUUAAAGAAGAUUGAAAAAGAAAAAGAAGGGAAGGAAAGGCGAGAGGGCAGACACAAGCUACCGGCCGAGGUUCGUGCGUGUGCGUACAUGUGUUGAUGUGUCGCUGGCGUCGUCGAGCCCUGCCAGGAGUGCUCCGUCGCCGCGUGUGCCGACGUCGUUGAGAAUACGGGGAUUCCGGAGACGCGACUAUCAAGUCUACAUUUACAUCUACGUUGUCGUCGUCCUCAUACACGUUACCGUCGCCGUCGUCGUCGUCGUCAGCGUGGACAAGUGCUAGUGAUUCGUGCUAGUGGCGAUAGUGGUGGUGCACACGAUCGGUUUCAUCGGCUUAGCCAGAACGAAAAGGAAGGAAGAAGAGAAGGAAACCACGAGGACGGCGACGAGACGUCGUCGCUCGUUCGCGGUGGCAAGGUAAUAUCGGCCCGACGACGAUAUCGUGCCGUCGAGCCCGCUGCUGUCUACGACGAACCUCGCCACUCGGCAAUCGCUCGCCACCACCGCAAAUCGCUUGUUCCCUCUCUCCCUUCCUCCCUCCCUCUCCUCCCUCCUCCUCCUUUUCCUCCUCCUCCUCGUCCUCUUCCUCCUCAUUUUUCUCCUCUCUUCCUCCUCCAUCUAUCGAGGAUCCUGCCGUCCUGAGCUAUGGCGUGCUGCCUGUCGGAAGAGGCGAGGGAGCAGAAACGAAUCAAUCAGGAGAUCGAGCGGCAACUCCGAAAGGAUAAACGAGAUGCCAGGCGGGAACUUAAGCUGCUACUUUUGGGUACUGGUGAAUCCGGCAAAUCCACCUUCAUUAAACAGAUGAGAAUCAUCCACGGGUCUGGUUACUCGGAUGAUGACAAGAGGGGGUUCAUCAAACUCGUAUACCAAAACAUUUUCAUGGCCAUGCAGUCCAUGAUCCGAGCGAUGGACCUCCUCAAGAUCCAGUACACCGAAUCUUCGAAUAUAGAAAAAGCAGAACUUGUGCGAAGCGUGGACUUCGAAACGGUUACAACGUUUGAAAGCCCAUACGUAGAGGCAAUUAAAGAUUUAUGGGCAGACGGUGGUAUCCAGGAGUGUUAUGACCGCAGGCGAGAAUAUCAGCUCACAGAUUCCGCUAAAUAUUACCUAUUGGAGAUAGAUCGAGUCGCAGCACCAGACUACCUCCCAACAGAACAGGACAUUCUUCGCGUGAGAGUACCCACUACUGGUAUAAUUGAAUAUCCCUUUGACUUGGAAGAAAUUCGAUUUAGUUAUCUUAGUGACCUAGACCGUAUUGAAAAGCCUGACUUCCUUCCUACUGAACAAGACAUUCUUCGGGCUCGAGCUCCUACUACUGGCAUUAUAGAAUAUCCGUUUGAUCUGGACUCCAUCAUAUUUAGGAUGGUAGACGUCGGUGGACAGAGAUCAGAAAGAAGGAAGUGGAUUCAUUGUUUCGAAAAUGUUACUUCUAUUAUCUUUUUAGUAGCUUUAAGUGAAUAUGAUCAAAUUUUGUUUGAGUCAGAAAAUGAGAAUCGAAUGGAAGAAAGUAAGGCAUUGUUCAAAACAAUUAUUACAUAUCCUUGGUUCCAACAGUCCUCUGUUAUUCUUUUCCUAAACAAGAAAGAUUUGCUCGAAGAAAAGAUUAUGUAUUCUCACCUUGUUGACUAUUUCCCAGAAUAUAAUGGCCCUAAACAGCAAGCUGUACCAGCCAGGGAAUUCAUCUUACAGGUGUAUCUUAGUUCGAAUCCUGAUCCUGACCGCAUGUGCUACUCUCACUUCACGUGUGCGACAGGCCCACAAAGAGAUGCCAUACCUGCUAGAGAAUUCAUUUUACAGAUGUUUGUCGACUUGAAUCCUGAUAUUGAGAAGAUUAUAUAUUCACAUUUUACGUGUGCCACAGAUACAGAAAACAUCAGAUUUGUAUUUGCAGCAGUGAAAGACACCAUUCUACAAUUAAACUUAAAGGAAUAUAAUCUAGUUUAGAUGGCAAUACAUAAAAUUCAGGAUGGACUUAAGAAUUUUUCUUAUACCCUGACCAAGAUAUCAGUGUGAACUCUGUUAAGUUAGAAAUGGAGAAGAGACGAAAAAAGCAGAAAAUGAACAGUAAUUUAUGGUGCCAUCAACAUUGUCGCUGCUCCAUUACAAGUGUACCAACUAUUGAUUAGUAAAAUUUAUAACGGAGGUAACAGCGAUGAACAAAUAUGGACCUAAAUCUGAGCGUUAUACGUUCUUUCCUAACCUUCUCACUGUCAAUACCAACAAAUUGAUUUAGUUUCAUACUCUAUUUGUUGAAUUUAUUACCUUUUUAUAGAUUAGUUUAGUCAAUCAUGCCUGGCUGACUGCGUAAUCGUCUAAUUUUUAUAUAAUGAUACCACGAGCAACACAUAAAUAAACAUAUAAGAUAGAGUGCAGCCAUGCGAUACAAUGUCUGUCCAAGUGUUCAUCUCAAAUCGAGAGAUCUCAGCAAGAAACUGAAGAGAAGAAGGACAAAUACUUUUUAAUCACAAAUAGUCAGUGACACAAGUGAGAGCAAUUCUAGUGCCAUUUACUAGUGUGGUGUUUUUAUUGCAGUCCCUUCUUAGAUGCAAAAAGCCAAAGUGUUUUUUUAUCUGUGCCAGAAGCAAGUAAAAAUUUUUUCUGCAUGUGACUCAAAUUCAUAAUUCAUCGUAUAAAUAUUGUUAUAUAUAAUAUAUAAAAUGAAAAAUAGGUUAGCAUUGAAAGAAGCAACAUAAAACCAACAAGAAGGAAACUUUACCACCCUUCAAUAUUAAAAAAUUAUUAGAAAACAUCUGUUUGAUGUGAUUUUAGAUAAUUAGGAGCUGAAAGGUCGCAGAUUCUUCUGCUGUCUUUUUUCUCCAUAGGCUGUGUACGGAAUGUGAGGGCUGCGAUCUCAUACCAUACAAUUAUAAUCCUGCAAGUUACAAACGACGUAAAAGUCUUAUCAUGAUACUUUUCCUUUCAUCCAGCCCUCGCUUAUUGACACAGCAUUGUGUAGCUAGGGACAUGGUUUAAGAACAUAUGGCCCUAGUUCACAUUGUAUCCACAUUACAGUGUAUGUAUGAACUGCUCACUGCCUGCGCUCGCUCAUGCUGGCUAGCGCGCUGCCCACUGCUUGUAUUCUCUAAUGGUUCAAUAAAUUGCUAUUUGUGUCAUCUUUUAAUGUUCUAAGGAAAGAACAUUUAUAUAAAGGUGAUAGAAACUGCUUUGCAUAAACCUAGAGAAUACUUGCACAAUAAACUUUACAGUGUUAGUCAAAUUAGUGAAUUAGGGUGUGACAUUUAGAUAUGCAUAAUCUGAAUGUCUAACCCUGAUGUUACUAACACUGCACGCACACUGGGCAGCAUAUGUCAUACCUACUUUGGUUGAAACAUUGAGUUUAUAUGAAAGAAAAAAUAUAUAAAUACAUUGAAUAAAAUAUAAUAUUAAGAGAUAAUAACAAAUAAUAUUGAAUAAUAAUAGUAAUAAUAAUAAUAAUUAAUAAUAUUAAUAAUAAUAAUAUUAAUAAUAAUAUUAAUAAUAAUAAUAAUACUGCUUGGUUUUCAGUGAGAGUGUGUAAUUAAAAAGAAUGAAUGACAAUGAAAAAGAGGAAAUAAAUGUGUAUUCUCUCAAACUGAGAAAAAAUGAUAGUAAAAGUGAAAGAAAGAAAAAGAAAGAGAGAGAUAGAUUGAAUGAGUGAGAGAGAAAAAGAAAGAGAAAGUGAAAAUGAGAGAAUGUAAUUUACAAGGGAAUAUCGGCGACUAAUACAGGCUAAUUUUGAUGAAACUUUGCAUAAGUGUUCAUUAAACUUAUCUAAGAAUCUAGCUAUAAUUUAUUUGUGCUAUUUUUUACUUUAAGGAAGAAAUCAAUCCUUUAUUCAAAUUAUCUCUUUUAUUUAAGUACUUAUAAACUAUAAACGACAAAAGAUAUUAACAAAAUAUAAAUUAUAUGUAUAUAAAUUAUACCAUUUCAUAAAACUUAUAAAUUUUUGCAAACAUUUUUUUGAAAGAAUUUUUUUUUUUUUUUGAAAAAUUUUAAUUUUUUUUGUAAAUGAAAAUCUAUUCAUUAUAAAUUUAAUAUUAAAUAUACAAUUAUUGUAAUUAUUCUAUGUAUUAUUAUUAUUUAAAAUUAUUAUUUUAAAUUUUUAUUUUAAAAUUUAAUAUUUUCUAUAUUAGUUAUUAAUUCAUAUAAUUUUUUCAUAUAUUUUUCAUAAUAUUAUAUAACCAUAAGAUUAAUUUAUCAUAAUAUAAUGAAGUUUAUUUAUUUUGUACUCUUUCUAUAAUAUAUAUGUAAUAAAUAUUAUAAUAGGAAGCACAAUGGGAAACAUGAUCGAGAUAUUAUAAUAAAUAAAUUAUAUUAAAGAUUGAAGAAAAUUUAUUCGAUAUAAUUAUUAUAAUAGUGAAAUUCUUUAAAAAGUACUUGAAAUAUAAAUAUUUCAUAUAUAAUGCACAACGAAAUUAGCUAAUUCUUCGUAUAUAUUACAUUACCGUUAAAUUUUCCUACCCUAUUUUGUAAAAUAUAAUAUAAUUUAUUAAAUUUUCAUACUAAGACAAAGAUUCUUCUAUAUAUGUUUACUUUUAUAUGUUUAAACAAAUUCUGAAAUUUAAUCAAGGAGAGUUCUAAGACAUUGCAGUUUUAUAAUAUUGUUUUUUUUGAUGUAAAAUAACAUCAUGAUUUAAUAAAAUAACUCGUUCCAAAAAAAUUUUCACAAUUCUUCCAUAUUUAAAAACUAAAAACAUUAAAAGACUGUGUAGUCUUCCUGUUGUCUUCUUUAAUAUCGCGAGAAAAACUUUACUUCCUUUCUAUCAGAAAUAAGAUUUUAUAAGUGUUUUUGUAAGCAAUAUUUAUUUCAUAAAUCUAGCAUAUAAUAUAUACUUAAAGAUUCUUCAUUUAAAAUAAAAUUUUUAAAUAAUUUUAAAAAAUUAAGUUUUAAAAUAAAAAAAUAAGAUUAUAAGUUAAUUAUUUAGCAGAUUUCAAUUUAAUUCGAAUUAACUAUUUACUUUCUUUAAAACUGUAUAAAAAGAUGAAAGCAAUUCUUCGUUUCAAUAGGAUGAAUGUUUUUUAAUUGUCGUAUAAAUAAUGUUCGGCCAGAAGCUCUGACUUGAAAUCAUUUUUGUUGGUAUUGAAUAUAUUUUAAUAUAGUAAUAUCAAUGCAUGAUAUUAAUAUUCAAUUUUAAUUAUUAUUAUUUUUUUUAAAUUAUAAUUAUUCAAUUAUUGUAAUAGAAUUACAAUCAUCACAUUUAUUUCAUGAAUAUUUUUUUAUUUUUUUAUUUUUCUCGGUAAAUUAUAAAUUUCGUUAUUCUAUGCGAAAUUAUAUGUACUUUUUUUUAAAAAAAUUCGAUAUGUAUUUAUCUUUCUAUCUGGCAAUAUAAUAAAAUAUUGGAAAAUCAAUAUUUUCAUUCACUUAUAAAGAUCAUUUUCGAAUAUUCAUAUCAUGAAUUAUUAAAUCUCUAUAUUUUAAAUAAUCAAAAAUUUUUUUGUAGAUUUAUGAAUCACGAAAAGCGAUACAUUUUAUUAAAUAUUUUUUUAUAUCUUUUGUCGUUUACGAUAAAAUUGUUGAUUUAUUUUAUAAAUACUAAAAUAAAAGGAGUGACUCGGAUAAAGAGAAUUUUCUCUUAAAUUAAAAAAUGAACAUAAACGAAAAUUAAAUUCUUAAACCUUUAAUGGACAUUUGUGCAAAAUUUUAUUAAAAAAUUAACAUGUAUCAACCACUGAAGUUCUCUUGUUAGUUGUAUGAUAUGUAUACACAGCAUGCGUGAGACAUUUUAACAAAAGAUAAAAAUUUGGUUGAGACGAACAGGCUUUCUUUCGCCUGAUUCGAGAACGAACGAGUGACACGCAAAUUUGUGGCUAUAGUUCAUUUGUAAAUCAUUUUUUGUCAAAAGUAUACAUUUUUCUGAAAGCAUAAUAUGUUGGGUAUUCUUUCUGUGUGUAUAAAAUGUAAACACCUACCAAGCCCAAAAUGAAAUCAAUGUUUCUAACUUAUUUAUAAUAAAUAAUAUACAUUAAUGAUAAAAAUAAACGCAGUUUGUGACAGUAA